UCAACGCAAGCCGCCCAGACUACCUACUACUGCCCAUCAUAUUUGACUUUUGGGAACGUUUAGGGCGCAUACAGAACAAGACCACCUCUAUUCCUCCUGUUGUCCCCUUCCCCUUUCCUUCCUCACGGAUUCUUCAGACAGAGAAAUCCUCCAGAAAUGGCUCAGAUACUGCCGAUACGAUUUCAGGAACAUCUGCAGUUGCAGAACCUGGGCGUGAACCCAGCCAACAUCGGGUUCAGCUAUCUGACCAUGGAGUCGGACAAGUUCAUCUGCAUCAGGGAGAAGGUGGGCGAGCAGAACCAGGUGGUGAUCGUGGACAUGUCCGACCCCACCAACCCAAUCAGGAGACCGAUCUCUGCUGACAGUGCCAUCAUGAACCCCGCCAGCAAGGUCAUCGCCCUGAAAGACGCUGCCAAGACUCUGCAGAUCUUCAACAUUGAGAUGAAGAGUAAGAUGAAGGCUCACACCAUGACAGAAGAGGUCAUGUUCUGGAAGUGGAUAUCGGUAAACACUGUUGCCUUGGUGACGGAUACAGCCGUCUAUCACUGGAGCAUGGAGGGGGAUUCCCAACCGACCAAAGUAUUCGAUCGGCACGCCAGUCUGGCAGGAUGUCAGAUCAUUAACUACAGAACUGACGAACAACAGAAGUGGCUGCUGCUGAUAGGGAUCUCUGCACAGCAAAACCGUGUGGUUGGGGCGAUGCAGCUGUAUUCUGUCGACAGGAAAGUGUCCCAGCCCAUCGAGGGCCACGCUGCUGCCUUCGGGGAGUUCAAAGUCGAGGGAAAUGCCAAACCCUCCACCCUCUUCUGCUUCGCUGUGCGCUCACAGGCUGGGGGAAAGUUGCACAUCAUUGAAGUUGGUCAGCCAGCUGCAGGAAACCAGCCAUUUGCUAAGAAAGCAGUGGAUGUGUUCUUCCCUCCAGAGGCCCAGACAGACUUUCCUGUAGCUAUGCAGAUUGGUAGUAAGCAUGGUGUUAUAUACUUGAUCACCAAGUAUGGUUACAUUCACCUGUAUGACCUGGAGUCUGGAGUGUGUAUCUACAUGAACCGAAUCAGUGCAGAGACCAUCUUUGUAACUGCCCCUCAUGAAGCCACCUCGGGAAUUAUUGGGGUCAACAAGAAGGGACAGGUCUUGUCAGUGUGUGUUGAAGAGGAAAACAUUGUCAACUACGCCACUAACGUCCUGCAGAACCCUGAUCUAGCCUUGAGGAUGGCUGUCAGGUCAAAUCUUGCUGGUGCUGAGGAGCUUUUUGCCAGGAAGUUCAACACUCUGUUUGCCCAGGGAAGUUAUUCAGAGGCUGCAAAGGUUGCUGCAUCAGCACCCAAGGGUAUCCUACGGACGGCAGAGACAAUCCGUAAGUUUCAGAGUGUCCCUGCCCAGCCGGGUCAGGCCUCUCCACUGUUGCAGUACUUUGGUAUUCUGCUGGACCAGGGCCAGCUGAACAAGUUUGAGUCUCUGGAGCUGUGCAGGCCCGUCCUGCAGCAGGGCCGCAAACAACUACUGGAGAAAUGGCUGAAGGAGGAUAAGCUGGAGUGCUCAGAGGAGCUAGGAGACCUGGUGAAGGCGUCUGACCCCACACUCGCUCUUAGUGUGUAUCUCAGAGCUAACGUCCCCAACAAGGUCAUCCAGUGCUUCGCAGAGACUGGUCAGUUCCAGAAGAUAGUGCUGUACGCUAAAAAGGUGGGCUACACCCCAGACUGGGUGUUUUUACUGAGAAAUGUGAUGCGAGUCAAUCCAGACCAGGGACUGCAGUUUGCCCAGAUGCUGGUCCAGGACGAGGAGCCGCUGGCCAACAUCAACCAGAUUGUAGAUGUAUUCAUGGAGGGCAGCCUGAUCCAGCAGUGCACCUCCUUCCUAUUGGACGCUUUAAAGAACAACCGCCCAGCCGAGGGACACUUACAGACACGUCUGCUUGAGAUGAACCUCAUACAUGCCCCUCAGGUAGCAGAUGCGAUCCUGGGGAACCAGAUGUUCACACACUAUGACCGUGCCCAUGUUGCUCAGCUGUGCGAGAAGGCAGGUCUGCUGCAGAGAGCGCUCGAACACUACACCGACCUGUAUGAUAUCAAACGAGCCGUGGUGCACACACAUCUGCUCAACCCUGAGUGGCUGGUGAACUUCUUCGGCGCUUUAUCGGUAGAGGACUCGUUGGAGUGUUUAAGGGCCAUGCUGUCAGCUAACAUCAGACAGAACCUGCAGCUGUGCGUCCAGGUCGCAUCUAAGUAUCACGAGCAGCUGGGAACUCAGGCGUUAGUGGAGCUCUUUGAAUCCUUUAAGAGUUAUGAGGGAUUGUUUUACUUCCUUGGGUCGAUUGUGAAUUUCAGCCAGGAGCCUGAUGUCCACUUCAAGUACAUCCAGGCUGCCUGCAAGACAGGCCAGAUCAAAGAGGUGGAGAGAAUCUGUAGAGAGAGCAACUGUUACGACCCAGAGAGGGUUAAAAACUUCCUCAAGGAGGCCAAGCUUACAGACCAGCUUCCUCUUAUCAUUGUGUGCGACCGCUUUGACUUCGUCCAUGAUCUGGUGCUCUACCUCUACCGCAACAAUCUACAAAAAUACAUUGAAAUCUACGUGCAGAAGGUGAACCCCAGUCGUUUACCGGUGGUGAUCGGCGGGCUGCUGGAUGUAGACUGUGCUGAGGAUGUCAUCAAGAACCUGAUCAUGGUGGUCAGAGGGCAGUUUUCUACUGAUGAGCUGGUGGAGGAGGUAGAGAAGAGAAACAGGUUAAAGCUUCUGUUGCCAUGGCUGGAGUCCCGUAUCCAUGAAGGUUGCGAGGAACCGGCCACUCACAACGCCCUCGCUAAGAUCUACAUCGACAGCAACAACACACCGGAGCGAUUCCUGAAGGAGAAUCCCUUCUACGACAGCGCUGUGGUCGGAAAAUAUUGCGAGAAGAGAGACCCCCACCUGGCAUGUGUGGCUUACGAGAGAGGACAGUGUGACCUGGACCUCAUCAAAGUGUGCAACGAGAACUCAUUAUUCAAGAGUGAGGCUCGAUAUCUGGUACGACGGAAAGAUCCGGAGCUUUGGGCGAACGUGUUAGAAGAAAACAACCCUUACAGAAGACAACUCAUCGACCAGGUGGUGCAGACAGCACUGUCAGAGACCCAGGACCCAGAGGAGGUGUCCGUCACAGUCAAGGCCUUCAUGACCGCAGACCUGCCCAACGAGCUGAUCGAACUGCUGGAGAAGAUUGUGCUUGAUAACUCUGUCUUCAGUGAACACAGAAACCUCCAGAACCUGCUGAUUUUGACAGCGAUCAAGGCGGACCGCACUCGUGUGAUGGAGUACAUCAACAGGCUAGACAACUAUGACGCUCCGGACAUUGCUAAUAUCGCCAUCAGCAACGAGCUCUUCGAAGAAGCGUUUGCCAUUUUUAAGAAGUUUGAUGUCAACACCUCAGCCAUACAGGUAUUGAUAGAGCACAUAGGGAACUUGGAUCGUGCAUAUGAGUUUGCUGAGCGCUGCAAUGAGCCUGCAGUGUGGAGCCAGUUAGCCAGAGCUCAGCUGCACAGAGACCUGGUCAAGGAAGCCAUUGACUCAUAUAUUAAAGCCGUUGACCCGUCGGCGUACAUGGAGGUGGUCAAUGCAGCAAGCAAGAACAAUAACUGGGAAGACUUGGUUAAAUUCCUGCAGAUGGCUCGAAAGAAAGCGAGAGAGUCGUACGUGGAGACGGAGCUGAUUUUUGCUUUAGCUAAGACGAACCGUCUGGCUGAGCUGGAGGAGUUCGUCAGUGGGCCCAACAAUGCUCACAUACAGCAGGUGGGCGAUAGAUGUUAUGAGGAGGCUAUGUACGAAGCGGCCAAGCUCCUGUACAACAACGUGUCCAACUUCGCUCGCCUCGCAUCCACACUAGUCCACCUUGGAGAGUACCAGGCAGCUGUGGACAGCGCCAGGAAAGCCAACAGCACACGGACAUGGAAAGAGGUGUGUUUUGCGUGCGUGGAUGGCGAGGAGUUUCGGCUGGCACAAAUCUGUGGCCUUCACAUAGUGAUCCACGCCGACGAGCUGGAGGACCUGAUCAGCUACUACCAGGACCGCGGGUACUUUGAGGAGCUCAUUGCUCUGCUGGAGGCCGCGUUGGGCCUGGAGCGGGCUCACAUGGGCAUGUUCACCGAGCUCGCCAUCCUCUACUCCAAGUUCAAACCUCAGAAGAUGCGGGAGCACCUGGAGCUGUUCUGGUCCAGAGUCAACAUCCCAAAGGUCCUUCGUGCGGCGGAGCAGUCUCACUUAUGGGCAGAGCUGGUUUUCCUUUACGACAAAUACGAGGAGUACGACAACGCUGUCAUCACGAUGAUGUCUCAUCCAACAGAUGCAUGGAAAGAAGGGCUGUUCAAAGACAUCAUCGCUAAGGUUGCCAAUGUGGAGCUGUACUAUAAAUCCCUUUACUUCUACCUGGAUUACAAACCCCUCCUACUGAAUGACCUGCUGACUAUUCUGUCUCCGCGGUUGGACCACAGCCGAGCUGUCACCUAUUUCAGCAAGGUGAACCAGCUGAAGUUGGUGAAGCCUUACCUGAGAUCUGUCCAGAAUCACAACAACAAGUCCGUCAACGAAGCUCUCAACAACCUGCUGACGGAGGAGGAAGACUACCAGGGCCUGAGAGCGUCCAUCGAUGCCUAUGACAACUUUGAUACAAUCGGCCUGGCUCAGAGGUUAGAGAAGCAUGAGCUGAUUGAGUUCAGACGUAUCGCUGCCUACCUGUACAAGGGCAACAACCGCUGGAGACAGAGUGUAGAGCUCUGCAAGAAGGACAAACUCUACAAGGAUGCCAUGCUGUACGCUGCAGAGUCUAAGGAUGCUGAGCUUGCGGAGACUCUGCUCCAGUGGUUCCUGGAGGAGGGCAGGAAGGAGUGCUUCGCCGCCUGCCUGUUCGCCUCCUAUGACCUGCUGCACCCCGACGUGGUGCUGGAGCUGGCCUGGAGGCACAACAUCAUGGACUUUGCCAUGCCGUACUUCAUCCAGGUCAUGAGAGAGUACCUCACAAAGGUGGACAAGCUGGAGGAGGCAGAAAGCCAAAGGAAAACUGAGGAGGAGGUGACGGAGCCUCAGCCGAUUGUGUUUGGCCAGCAGCUGAUGUUGACUGCCUCUCCUACUCCAGUGGCUCCCCAGCCAGCGUACUCGGGCUACGGCUACCCUGCCACCGGAGCGGGCUACCCUGCUCAGGCUGCUGCUGCCGCUGCCGCCGCCGCCGCCGCCGCCGGCUACCCUGCUCAGCCCGCUUAUGGCUUCAACAUGUAGAGGCCUGACCUCGCCUCUUCCACCCCCUCUCCCCUCUCUCCCCUACACACACUCACACACACCGUAGACCUGAACCACGCUGAACCGUGCUGCUCUG